AUGAAAGCCAGCAGCCCGUUUCGGAUCGUUGUUGUCGGAGGAGGCAUCGCCGGCCUCGCGGCUGCUAUAGCGCUCCGCGCGCCGAACCGGAGAAUCACCGUGCUCGAACAAUCACGGCUCAACAGUGAAAUCGGCGCGUUGAUCUCUCUGCAGCCUAAUGCGACCAAGAUCGUGUACGAGACCUUCGGUCUACGGAAGGAGCUGGACGGUGCGCGGGGCAUGGUAGACGAAGGGUUUCGCGUCUACUCCACCGAUGGAAAACUAGUAAACGAGGUACCGCUGACGACAGCUGAAUAUGGAGCCAGUCGAAUUGUCUGGCAUCGAAGAGACCUGCAUGAUGCGCUGAAGAAAGCCGCGCUGGCGACUGACCGGGACGGGGAGGCAGUUGAAAUUAGAGUCUCUUCUCGAGUGGUGAAUUGCGAUCCUUUCAGCGGAAUCGUAGACCUUGAGAGUGGGGAGAGGAUUGAAGGAGAUGUCAUUAUAGGAGCAGACGGAAUACACAGCGUGCUUCGGAAAUAUGUCGUGGACAGCGAUGUCACUCCAUUGCCCACAGGCCACUCUGCGUACCGGCUCAUGGUAAGGGUGUCCAUUUUCAGCAGCGCCAUGCUUACAAGACAGAUUCCAUCAGAUACUCUCGAAAGAGAAGAACCAGAUUUCUGCAGGAAGAUCAACCCCAGAAGCCCAUUUACUUCGAUGAUGGUAGCGCAUGACUGCCGUUUGAUCAUGGGGCCUGGUCGACAAGGAGAAGUCUUUGGGAUUGUUGCAUUGGUUCCUGACGAGCGCAUGAACGAGGAUCCAAAUGGGAAACAGUCUUGGGUCUCGGAAGGUAGUCUUGCAAAAAUGCUUGACACGUUUUCGGAGUUCCCCGACUGGGUAACCGACAUUUUCAAGCAUUCGCGGGAUCUUGGGUUGUGGCAGUUGCGCGACAUCGACCCCCUCCGUACCUGGUACCGUGGCCGGGUUCUCCUUAUCGGCGACGCUGCGCAUGCAAUGCUGCCGACCCAAGGUCAAGGAGCCAGUCAAGCGAUCGAGGACGCCGAGGCACUGCGAGCGUUCUUCGAAGAGCAGACAGACAGUCCUUUACUGGAAGAUAUUAGUUCAAUCUUCGAGAAUAUAUUCCAGAGCCGACAUGACCGUGCAGGCCUGAUCCAAGGUUAUAGUCGUCAGGCGGCAAAGCCUGGCACGGCGGCGAAAGGUGGAAAGACGGUCACAAUGAAACCGGAUGAGUUCAUGGCAUUCAACUGCAAGUAUCCAGGUGCAAAGGAGUGGCUGCGGCGCCAGAAAGCCGCCAAGGCGUAG